AUGGCUCAUGAAGCAACACCGACCGCCAUUUUGUGGGACUGGGAUCAGUCAGAUCUCACAGCAGCUGUCGAGGACAUGCGACGACUGUUGAACAACGCAUCGCAUCUGACUCCCAUCAGAGACGUCACAUUGCGCGGCGUCAGAGCUGCGAAGGAUCUUCAUGCCGCAGCACUUGCAAAAAGUCUCACUACAAGCGAUAAAGCCACCAUCAAGUCGUGGAUCACUGAGUCCCGCCUACUGGCCGAACGGUCUGAGGCACUCUUACAAGAAUCAGAGGUUCCGCUUGCACAAACGACCGCCAUCCUGUUAUCGCGGCUCCCAGCCCUCAAGACACUUGAGGUGCAGACGUAUGAUCGGAACGAUCACCACGAAUGGACACAAUAUCGCCCACCCGGGGAUGAGUUCUUGACUGUUUUAAGCCAGUUAGUCGCUGCGGGCACUGUCGCUGGUUCUUCUUUCAGCAAUCUGGAAACAAUCAAGGUUCUAGUUCCAACUCCUAACGGGGAAUCGGCAAAUGAGUUCAACUUCUACGUCUACGCCGAGAAUGUUCUCCCCUUCUUUUACCUUCCGCAAAUUCGAACUUUGGAGCUUCAUCGAGUGGAAGAUGGAGGAAAAUCAAUCACCUGGCCAGCUCCCCACCCGAGCCCAUCAUCAGCGACACUAGAAGAACUGGUUCUGAGCAGAUGCCAGCUCUCCGAGGAGAAUGUUGGCCAACUACUGCGAGCUGCCCCGAAUCUCAAGGCUUUCCGUUGCGGAUACGCUGUCGACGCCGAAUACGCGUCUGACUGGGUGGACUUGGAGGUGCUCAGGAGUUUGCUCGACACAUUGAAAGCAUCGCUUGAAGAGCUCUCUUUUGCGCUGACGCUGUGGACGUCCACUGCCAUCGAUUGCGGCGAGGUCGGGCCCUGGGGAAUCCGCGGCUCACUUGGGUCACUCAAGGAUUUCAGGCGACUAACUCGCCUCUCCAUCUCUUUGCCGGUACUUCUCGGCUGGGAAACAAAGGGCUCGUCGAAGCUCGCGGAUGUACUCCCCGAGGGUCUCCAGGCAUUGACAAUCACCAACGAAAUGUUCUUUUGGUGGCACUACCGGUGGGACGACCUCGACUGGGAAGAAGAUGACCCUGUGGUUCCCAUGUGGCAGUCGCUUGAGGCCAAGAUUGUCGAAUAUCUGGAGAGCCGGCCCCGACACUUGAAAGAGCUGAGGUUGGAGAUUUCGAUGGUUGGAGAGGAGCAACGGGCAGAGGAGUUGAAUGCCAACCUGAUCGCCAGAGGAUCUGAAGCUGGAGUAACCAUUACCGUAGAGUUGAAGCCAUAG